AUGUCUAGGUUUCCGGAAGCUUCAACUGCGAACAACCAACAGCCCCUCCUACGAGACAGAGCUGACCUAAAAUCUGCAGUUAAAUUAGCAUCCACCGGGACGCUGACACACAUCCACAAGUCAGCUCACCCUCAAGCUGCUAGCAAAUUUGCUGACCUCUUUAAGAAAGUCGACGAUGCCCAGAUGUGCCUUCGCUGGGUCAGCCUCAUCGGGUGUUCAGUGUCAAGCAUCUGUCUGGUUCUGACUAUUUGCUGCCUCACAGUGGCUAUCAGAGCGAUCAAGAGGAGCCGAGGACAGCUCUUGAAGAAGGUUCACCUGCACCUGUGUGUGUGUCUGGUAUCGUCGGAGGUGGUGUUGAUGCUGGGACUGGAGGCCACUGACGAUAACAUUGUCUGCAAGAUGAUCGCUGCUCUCCUACACUACUUCUUUCUGGCUACCUUCAUGUGGAGCUUCAUCGAGGCUUUCAAACCAUACCUCAUGCUUAGCAAGGUUUUCACGUCGUUUAACAAAAUGAAAUACUUCAUGAUGGUUGGCUACGGGUUCCCUCUUGUGUUCGUGUCAGCAGCGCUCGUGGCUACGCGAACAAGAGGCUACGGUACAUACCAGGCUUGUUGGUUGAAGCCAGGGUCAUCAGUGUGGUUGUUUACUGGUCCUCUCCUCACCAUCAUAAUGGUAAAUGUAGUGAGCUAUAUAUGCGCCAUUAAAGUGACGUGUGGGAAGCAACCUCAGAUUGGUGGUGAUCAUCAGAGUCCAACAGUCAGACUGAAGAUCUCCAUCUCUCUGUUCUUCAUCCUGGGCCUCACCUGGAUCCCUGGCUUCUUCUACAUUGAUCAAGAUAUGGAGGUGAUGGCAGUGAUGUUCACUGUAGUCAACUCACUGCAAGGCGCCGCCAUCUUUGUCAUCACUGUUCUCAUGGAUAAACAAGUUCUGAAGGAAAUAAAUUCUCUGCGUAUUAUAAGGAGUUUUACGAGAAAACGUGACAUUGUUGAAACAAGAGGUGCAAACAUCACCCUUUUGUCACUUAUUAUGGACGAAUAUGGUAUCACGUUUUUAGUUUGA